AUGUUGACCACUGCCUAUGAGGGACGCGACUGCUUCUCCUACCACCAUCGCCUCCACUCCCAUCACCUCCCUCUCUCCCUCCUCCUCCCUUUCUGUUGUUGCUGCUGUUUCUGGUGCUACAACGACACCGCCCAUCUCGAGGAGCUCCUCAAGACCCUCGAUCCCUCCAUCCCUAAAAUCAUUGCUUUUGAGACCGUCUACUCCAUGUCCGGCACCAUCGGUAAAGUCAACGACAUUUGCCGCCUUGCCAAAAAGUAUGGCGCCAUCACCUUCCUCGACGAGGUCCAUGCCGUCGGCAUGUACGGUCCUCACGGUGCCGGUGUCGCCGAGCACCUGGACUUUGCCGGCAACUUGAACCGACCUCAAAACAGCCCUGUCCAGACUGUCAUGGAUCAGGUCGAUAUCAUCUCCGGAACCCUUGGAAAGGCCUUUGGUGUUGUUGGUGGCUACAUUGCUGGUUCGGCCGCCAUGGUCGACGUGAUUCGUUCCUACGCCCCGGGAUUCAUCUUUACCACCUCCUUGCCCCCAGCCAUCGUCGCCGGUGCGACUGCAUCGAUCCAGUACCUCCGCAACUCGCCCCACGAGCGCAUUGCUCAACAAACCAAUACCCGCACUCUCAAGGCUGAGCUCGCUGCCCUCGAUAUCCCCGUCGUCCCCAACCCUUCCCACAUUGUUCCCGUUUUGGUAGGUGAUGCCGAGGUCUGCAAGGCCGCCUCGGAUGAGCUCCUCCGCUCCCAUGGUAUCUAUGUCCAGAGCAUCAACUACCCCACCGUUCCCCGUGGUGAGGAGCGUCUUCGUAUCACCCCCACCCCUGGCCACACCGAUGAGAUGAUGGGACAUCUGAUCCGUUCUCUCGAGAGCGUCUGGCAGCGCAACGGAUUGAAGCGCACUUCUCAGUGGAAGGCCACCGGCGGUCGCGCCGGUGUCGUCGAGGGCGCUGUCGAUCCCGCUCCCAUCUGGACCGAGGCCCAGUUGGGUCUCUCGGCAUCUGUCCUUGGCCAUCUCAAGGUCGUCACCGACGCAGCUCCUCAGGACACUCUGGCCGCACAGGCUACCGCCCAGCCUUAA